AUGGCAUAGUACGCAAAAGGAGUCGAUAUAUCCUUUGAAGAGAGCAGCAGUAUUGAGGCUGACACAUAAAUUGCAAUAAAAAAUGAUAAAAGAGCUCUUGAUAAGCCGAUAUAUCCAGAUAGCAUAGUACUCAAAAUUGAUGUCUCUUUGGUCUGCUCAAAUGAUGAUUAUUUCAAAAGCUUCUUUAGGAAAAUCAAGAACGCAGUUAACAUUAUCGCGAGAAGUAUAAGUCCAAGAACAAUAACAGUAUCAUAACUCAUUAGAGAUUUUGUUAGCACAAAAUUUUUAGAAUUAAUGUAAUCAUUAUAAUCUGGCGAUGGAUAUGAAGUCAACAGCAUCCAUAUAACAAUUACCGAGUGUUCUAUUAUAAAUAAUAAACUAGAUGAAAAUCUGCCAAAGACAUUGUUAAAGUAAAUGGCCAACACGAAAAAUGAAAGUCUUUUGAUCAAUUUAUCUUAGCAUGAUUCUUUUCUUGAUGAAAUAAAUGUCUACUUUGUCAUCUUUUGA